AUGGCGUCCACAACGAGCAACAAUAACGUUAAUAGCGCGAACAAUAACAUCAGCAACAACAAUUCCGCAGCAGUUCAAAUAGGCAGUGGCAAUCAAAAGUUAUUUCAGUCGAGUACGAAUAGUCUUUGCAGCAACAACAGCGACAUCGAGGGCCUACCAAAGUCAUUUAUCAACGCGAUGCGAACCCUUUUUGAUAUCAUGGCGGAUCCCCGAACAGGCUUUGUGCGAUUUUCCGACAUUGAGCAACGAUGGCAAGAAGAAUCCCAAGGGAUGCCACUUGGAGUUGUCGAGUCAUUGAGAAAAGUUACGCCCGCCAAUGGAAAUUUGAGUUUCGAAAGGUUUUGCAAUGGACUGAAAAUAUGUCUUGUGAAGAAUCAAACGACAGAAAAGCAAAAUUUGGCAAGUUACAAACGUCAAGUCAUCGGAGAAAGUACUUCGCCAACGAACAUUCAUCAUGGCAUGAGAAGCGGAAUAUCGCCAAUGGGUCAAAAAGAAACUCGUAGACCUCCAUCAGCGCCAACUUUGGAUUUUAGCACGCAUUUACCGAAACUUCAGCAACCUGCGCCGCCGCAAACGCAUCAUAUCCAUCCAAAUACCAUCAACAACAGCAGCAAUAAUAACAAUAAUACAGCAACAGUUCGCCCGAAUAACGUUCAAAUGUCUCAACGAACGUUAAGUAUGCCUCAACUAAGCCCUGAUCGCGAUCCCAUUGCAGAGCCUCAGCAACCGCCGCAAGUUCAUAAUAUCUAUAGUCUUGGACCACCGAAGCCUCCUCGUAGCAUGCGAUUAAGUGCGCCUGCUGUUCCCGAACGUCUCGACAAAGCAGAAAUCCGAAAUGCCCUUCACAAUUGGCAGUUAAAUGUCAUCGAAGGCGACAAGAAUAAACAACAAAAUCGUUUGAGUCAAGGAAGCCCCAAUAGCAUUCCAUCGAAUAGUUAUCAACGUAGCUCAGGCGAUGGGCAAACCGAUCAAAACAUCUACCAGAAAAAGGCGACAGCAAGAAGGCGGGAACCUCGCAGACAUACGUUGCAAAAUGGAAUAGAUUAUAACAUGCUGAAACGUUUGAAACAAAUAGAACAGGAAAAAGACGUUUUGCUGGAAGGACUUUCGGCGGUAGAAAAAGCGCGUGAUUGGUAUUUGAAACAAAUUGCUAUUGUGCAAGACAAGAUCAAGUAUUUGGGGCGAACAGGAACGCACAUGGUGAGUCAAUGA